CAGCGCGGCUCCCGGGCACCGCGGGUUCCCUGCCCUUCCCGCCCGCGCAGCUGUGGGGCUGGCGGCGGCUAGGCGCGGAGUGGCGGGAGCAGGUGGAGGGCGAGCGGGGCCUGGUGUCGGGGCGGCGGGAGCCGGUGGGUGCUGGGGUCUAGUCUCUGGAUCCGCGAAGGAGGGCUGGAGGUGGCGGGGCCCGGCGAGGCGGCGAUGAAGCCGAGCGGCGAGGAGGCGGCGGCGCCCGGCGCGGGGCCCUGGGAGGAGUGCUUCGAGGCGGCCGUGCAGCUGGCGCUGCGCGCGGGACAGAUCAUCAGAAAAGCCCUCACUGAGGAAAAACAUGUCUCAACAAAAACUUCAGCUGCAGAUCUUGUAACAGAAACGGAUCACCUUGUGGAAAAUUUAAUUAUUUCCGAGCUGAGAAAAAGGUUUCCUUCACACAGGUUCAUUGCAGAAGAGGCCGCAGCCUCUGGGGCCAAGUGUGUGCUCACCCACAGCCCGACCUGGAUCAUCGACCCCAUCGACGGCACCUGCAACUUUGUGCACAGGUUCCCCACCGUGGCAGUCAGCAUUGGCUUUGCUGUUCACCAAGAGCUUGAGUUCGGGGUGAUUUACCACUGCACGGAGGAGCGACUGUACACGGGCCGGCGAGGCCGGGGCGCCUUCUGUAACAGCCAGCGGCUCCAGGUCUCCAGAGAGACAGAUCUCUCCAAGGCCUUGGUUCUGACGGAAAUCGGGCCCAAGCGUGACCCUGCCACUCUGAAACUGUUCCUGAGCAACAUGGAGCGGCUGCUCCACGCCAAGGCUCACGGGGUCCGAGUGAUCGGAAGCUCCACCUUGGCACUCUGCCACCUGGCCUCGGGGGCCGCCGACGCGUACUACCAGUUUGGCCUGCACUGCUGGGACCUGGCAGCCGCCACAGUCAUCAUCAGAGAAGCAGGCGGCAUCGUGAUGGACACUUCGGGUGGACCCCUCGACCUCAUGUCCUGCAGAGUGGUUGCUGCCGGCACCCGAGAGAUGGCGAUGCUCAUAGCUCAGGCCUUGCAGACUAUUAACUAUGGGCGGGACGAUGAGAAGUGACAGCCGCGGACAGCAGAACAACUCUGAAGGCUUCCGUGGGGUGCUGCGGGGCUCCCUGGGGAGCGGGUGGCCCGGCAGCCUGCGCUCCUGGCCAGCGUCUCAGGCUUUGCUCCCUGCUACCCCAAAGGGAAAUGUCCUGCUAAAGUGUGCGGCAAGCCUUUUAAAUCCACUUCUCUUUCACCGGGAUUCGGUGUUUGGCUGGUUUCUCUCUGUAAUCACAUGUAGCCUUUUCAGGUUAGUACAUGUUCCUCUGUCGGAGUCAAAACCCGAAUCUCCUACGAAAUGCAUGUUGAUAAUCCAACCUUGAUUUUUUCCAGAAUACAAAUCUCAGGUAAUAAGGUUUAGGACUGCCGUCAGGCGGGCUCGUUCCCAGGCCCCCUGCUACUCCAGAGUGCAGUCAAGCAAAGCCAGGCCUGGCCGCCUGGCCCCCGGUGGGCGCUGCUUCCCACGAGCCCGCGGGAUGGCGGCUUCACGCGAAACCCAAGGUUGACGGUGGACGACAUUGGCCGCCUUUGACAAGCACUCUGCAAACAGCUUCAGUAACUGUCGUGUCAGUGUUCAAAGUCCAAGAUAUGAGACCAACUGAAGGAAAACUAACAGCCCAAAAACAAGCCUCUGAAAUGCUGUUGUUGUGAUCCAUUUAACGGGGAGAAAUUGUACCAUAUUUCCCAGGCCUUGUUUGUUGUUUCUCGUUAGGAGGCAGAUUCCCGUAUGGGAAGGAUCCUGAUGAGCCUGCUAGCCAGCCGGGCGUCCUUUCUGAAGUGCGAGAAUUGAGAAAGUCGGUCUCAAGACAGAAAAUCCCGACCCACUCUUAACGUUUCCUCUCAUCUUCCUGGUUUGCUGUCAGCACGUGCAGGGUGUUUGGGUCUCCCUGGCGUCACGGUCUGGCUCCUCAACGCCAGUGGCGGAGGGCGGCCCCUAACCUAACCCCGCCACAUUCACCAGCUCACCCGGCAGCUUUGUCAGCCCUGGCCGGCCACGCGACCCUGCUGCAGGCGCUGGGGGCCACUCGGACACCCUGGCCCCAGCCGUCCUGGGCGAGCCACAGAGGCCCGGUCACUGCCCAGGGACAAUCUGAGAGGGAUUCCACGGAGGAGGAUUUUCGGGGAACAAAAUGCCCCAAUGCCUUGCCUCCACUUCCCCUGGGCUGCUUUUUGAUAAAUUUACUGUCUAAAGGAAGGAGUUUCCUCUUCUGGUCCCAGUAGGGUGGCCAGGUGAGCCCCGACGGCACAGGAGGUGUGAGGACUCAGGUCUCGUUUGGGACUAGGAGCCCACAGUGCAGGAAUCCGUCUGUGUGGGGGGCCACAGCUUCGGGGCAGGGGAGGCCCCCGAGCCUCGGGUCCCCUGCACCCUCCGGACCACGUCCUGCCUCUCAUUGAUCCCCCCAUGGAGGUGGAUGAUUCUUCCAGAGACGCCCAUCCCACCCUGAGAUCUUCCACGUUGUGAGAAUGUUCCAGGAUGACAUCCGUCUCUGUUCUGAUUGUAACUGUUAGGUCCAUGAACAAUAACUGGUAUUUGAAGAACAGUAGCCCUCUCGCCCUCCCCGUGUUCCCCAGGUGAUGCAGCUCUGUCCCCUCCCCAGGCACUGGGGGCGACCCCUCCGCCUGGGUGUGUCAUCCCGCAGUCACUGAGGAGCGUGCCGCGCCCUGCGUCCUCUGCUGUGCCAGCCCAGGCUCCCUCUGCCCCUGGGUCAUGCACGCCACCCUGUGGAAGCCCUGGGUGGCCCAGGGCCCCGAGCGCGCAGCUGCUGAGGCACAUCCGCCACGUGCCCUGCACAGCUGGGUUAUAGAGCCCUGGUGGGACACCUGUUCUGUCCUCGCUGUGUCACCUCAUUCCCGCUACCUGUGCCACAGCCUGUCAGGGUCUCCUUGGGCCCCGGUGCCCCCUUCCAGCCUGGCGCCGUCUCUGGGAGCUUCUUAUCUUCCCGUUUGCUCAGCGUGCUGUCGGCAGCUCGCACUCAAAGCGGGGAACAUUGGCAGAUCGAGAGAAGCGCUGAGUCCUUCAGCGCCUCACCAGGAGCUCUCCCACCUCUGAGGGUGGCCACGAGACCAGUGCCCAGCGCAGUCACCGUGCUGCAGCCAGCUCACGUCUAUGCAUGGGCCAGACGAUGGCAGUGGGUCCUGCCAGAGGUCUUGCUGAAAGCCGGGUUCACAGAGCUGUGCUAACACAGUAGCCAUUAGCCACGUGCAGCUACGUAAAGUUGAGUUAAUUAAAAUGAGAUUACACUUAAAAGCUCGGUUCCUUGGUGGCUCUGGCCACGUUUCCAGUACUCAGUUCUCACAUGUGGCUGGUGGCUGCCACGCCGGGCAGUGCAGAGUCAUGGUCUCAGAAUGUGCUGUUGGGUGGCACCACACAGUGACUCUUUAAUAAUCUGAAAUCUUGGUUUAUUUUAUAUAAGUCUAUUUUACAGAAUCUGCAUUCUUCUCUGUUUUGUUUUUUUUUUAAGUCUCCAGUCUUCAAAGAGUCCCUGUUGCAGUCUUGCCCAUGAGGCGACCGCUGUGUGAUGGCACUGGGCAGCGUGGAGCAGGGUCCGGAGGACCCGGCCUGGGCCAGGCAGGGCCAGAGCAAGUUACGCGCCUGCUGUCACACAGUGGAGCCAGACUGGAGUCCUAGAGCUGCAGACAAUUCUGUGACACUGACUCCAUAGGGCAGCCCUAAAGGGAAGGGAGCGGGAGGGGCAGCUGGCAGCUGCGGGCUGGUGGCGCGUCUGUUGGAGAGCUGGCUGAAGCGCCUCCUCUCCCGCCGCCCGGAGGCCAGGCCGCCUGCUCUCCGGCCUCAGCCCAGGCUGCAGCUGCUGCCUCCUGACAGUGCAGAGGGGACUGAACGGGGGGCGUGUGAAGACCGGGCCAGUGCCCUGCACGUCACUGGCACCCAGUAGAUGUGAGCACUUCACCAGCACCCAGAACCUUCCAGCCCGAGCUUCCCCAGAUGAAUUUGAGAACCAGGAUCACCCAGGUACCCAGCGGCGGGUCCCAGCUCCACGCAGUGCACAUCCAGGACACCUGGGACAGGCACUCAAACAGAACCAGGGCGAGCAGCCAGGGAGUGGCAGAGCAUCUUCUUCUAGGUUCUGUUUCUGCUAAAGUAACUUCAGGACAACAGGAAAGGAAUCUUCUGCUGCCCCUAAUCCCAAUGUUGCGGGCCGCCCCUCCUUCCCAGUCCUUGUGCUGCUUAUCUGUCACACAGAUAGAAAUGUGUACCAGCUUGGCCACUGUCCUGCACCUGACACAGCUGUGAAUUGGGCCAGAUUCUGCCUGGUGAGGAAUGACUUGCUGGGGGCCUCAGGGCCACUGGUGCCUUAGACUUUUCCAGAAGCCAGCAGAGAUUCUUUCAAGUGCCUGCCUUGCUCGGUGGGAGCAGUGUCAUGUGUUGCUACUUCUGGGCAGAGAGACACCAUCUGUGCACCCAGGAGUGCUGAGGUUCCAGAGUGCGAGGGCCGCCUGGACACCUACAGCCAAUGCCGUCUUCAUCCCUCCCCCAGAAUCCUGUGUGCGUAUGUGUGUGACACAUAUGUUAUAUAUUAAAGCCAUAUUCAAAUUAAUUUGGGGCAACCAAAAUACGUAAGAACUUGGAUUCGAUUUUCCCAAUGAGGUUAGUUGUGACAAAUUUUGAGGAUUCGUGAUAUAAAUGAAAGCAGUUAUUCCAGUCAAGGGGGGCGAGCUGUGUAGGUUUCUGGUGGGGGAUGGAGCAGGAUGGGGCUCGGGGAGGUUUCGGGGCUCAGAUGAUAGAAUAACUGACCCAGGGAGCUCUCACACACGUGUUAGAAGAGGUGAUGUGUGCAAAUGAGGUAGGAUUGUCUAAGUCGUGUAGUUUCAUACUUUGCUGCAUUUUCCAUAGGAAAAGGUCAUGAUUGCUUUUUAAAAUUGUUUCGUGAGCUCCUCCCCUAAACGCUGUGCCACCCUGGGGAGCCUCCCCUGCCGUCUUCACAGUGGCCGGCUUCGCUCCUCAGGAGCUGGACACGGGCGCGCAGGACUUGGACGUGAAACGCCAAAGGUGUGCGAGGGUCGGGUGUUUCCCAUCUGCUCUCUGGGGACCUGGAGAAGGGCUUGGCUUCGGUCGGCUGCAGAUCCGAGAGGAGCCGCGUGCUCCACACGGACACCCCAGGGCAAAAGUUAAUACUGUGUUAGGGAUUGUGCUUGAAAUAUAGCUGUCCCAUGGCCUCUGAGUGAUCAUGGCCACACCAAAUAUAUGUCGGGGGAACACAGUGGCUGCCAGAAGCGAGCAGAACCGCCUGCCCUCGGUCCCCACGAGAUGGAGACGCACGCUGUGCGGCCAGGGUACUCGCCGCUGUCCAUGCGGGUGGCUCCCCGUGCUCCCUUCGGUGGUGCUGGGUGUGUCAGCACUCUGACAGUGUAACAGUUUAAAAGUAUUUCUCCUAAAUAUCAGUCUCCUAAUCUGUAGGCUAUAUUUACAUGUCCCCAAUCUUUAGCCAUUUUAUUUCCUGCCUUGAGUGAACUACUUAAGAUAGUGAAGAUACCAUUAAAAUGAAGUAGGGGGUGCCUUCUUUGAAACCUGCAUGUAGUAGAAGGAAAAAGGAGAAAUUUAAAAGCAAUACCAAAAUAUGAUAAAGUUCAACACUUUGAACAUCGUAUCUUUUAGGCAUACACUUGGGAUUUUGAAACAUCGACCAUAAAUUUCUAAUGCUUAAGAUUAGGAAAAGAAUGUUCAAGAGAGAAUGAAUCUAUAGAAGUGUAGCUGGACAAGGAUCAGAAUUCUGGGUCUGAGUUCAGGUCUUGGCUCUAUGCUAAUUAGCCACGUGACCAUGGGCAUGGCAUUGAAGGAAACUGAGGCCCCAAGGGUACCUGUGAUGUUCGUGUAUUGAAGAUCUCCGGGCUCUUCCCAGCUGCUUUGCCCUCUGCCUGGCCAGUGUUACUGUCGGGAAUAGAGAAGUCUGUGUUUUCCAGCUGUGAAAGUCGAUAAAUUUUGUUUUUAAUUAACUUUCUGCAUAUUUCCACAGGUUCACUCCUGAGUGAGCACUGUGUCUUGCCACGUUUUGUAAUAGUUCUGCCUUUGAAGAAACAGCCGAUCCAGUACUGACCAACUGCCCUGUCUUUCCAAGAUACCAGACAGUUCCCGCCACUCGGCCACGGGCCCCCUUGAGGAGACUGGUUUUUCUUUCAUCUCUGGAAAUAGCUUGAUUUGUCAUCUUACUGCUCUGUUUGCACAAAUUUUGUUUAAUAGAACUUUUCAAUAAAUAGUAUGGAUUUUUUAAAUGAGA